CUCCAUUUUCUCUCCUCCUGUGUAUAUCCACGUGCAGUACGAAUUGUCGCAUCCAGCAAUAUAGGUAAAAACGCAACCCGACACAUUCGUAGCUUUCUUUCCACCGUCAAAAUGGGUUCCCUAGUCAUCCCUGAGAACUUUCACCACAUUUUGCGUCUUCUGAAUACCAACGUUGACGGUAAGACGAAGAUUGUCUUCGCCUUAACUUCGAUCCGUGGUCUCGGUCGCCGAUAUGCCACUCUUGUGUGCAAGAAAGCCGAUGUACCGCUAACCAAGCGUGCCGGUGAGCUGAACGAUGCCGAGAUUGAGCGAAUCGUGACCAUCAUGCAGAACCCUCGUCAGUACAAAAUCCCAGACUAUUUCCUGAAUAGACAGAAGGAUAUUAAGGACGGUAAGUACUCACAGUUGCUAGCCAAUAACUUGGAUAACAAGCUUCGUGAGGACAUCGAGCGUAUGCGUAAGAUGCGUAUCCACAGAGGUCUUCGUCACUGGUGGGGCAUCCGUGUGCGUGGUCAGCACACAAAGACCACCGGUCGCCGUGGACGCACCGUUGGUAUCGCCGGCAAGAAAUAAAUUUAUUAUACUUAGUAGGUUUGUCGAAAUGUGCAGACCAUAAUAAAUAAUAAAUUGCUUAAGGUGGUCACCCCAGGAAGCUCGUGGAAUGCAAUUAACCGGUGUGGUGUUACGGUUCUUAUUGUGUUUUUUUUUGUACGUUUUUCAAUAUUAACAUGUGUUUUUAUAAAGUAUCAUAGUUUUCAACAACGCUACAUUGACGGUCGACCUUAAGAGUUGCCAAUCUCAUAAGGUCAACAUUACAAAUACAAGUAUUUGGUAGCUAUACUAAUAGAUAUAUGAUCCUCAAAUUCUCAUAGCGUUAUGCGCAGCGAGUGGAUUGGUAUCGAAAUUGUUUUAACAAAUAUGUGAUAUAUUGGCAUGUGGCUCACCUUUAUUAUAGUACUAAUGUGAAGAAUCUUAAAUUAAUAAUAAAUGAUCAUUGGAAUAUAUCUGAUUAAUCAAUUCGGUAUGAAUUUAUAUUUUAUUUUUCAGUCCUUUUUGUGGUAAGUGUAAUUUAACUGUUUUUACAUCAUGGUUUUCUAAAUUGUGUUGUCAGGACAUCCAUUU